AUGGAUCCGAAGCCAACCAUGACCCAUAUCCCAUCUUCGGACUCGGACCCCGGACUGACCCUCUAUCGACCUGCUGGCAAGCUCGCGGAGAAGAAAGUCCUCAUCACAGGGGGAGACUCGGGGAUCGGUCGGGCCGUAGCGAUUCUCUUCGCGUUGGAAGGUGCCCGAGUAGUUAUCAGUUAUCCUCCCGAAGAAGAAGAGGAUGCACAACAAACCAAGGCACAGGUGGAGAAGAAUGAGGGUGAGAUCUAUCUCGUCGCCGGUGAUUUAACCCAAGCCGCAAACUGUACCUCAUUAGUGAAUCGUGUGGUGACGGUCUUGGGCGGUAUCGACAUCUUAGUCAACAAUGCGGCCACGGGGAAUGAGAAAGGAGACAUCGUUGAUAUCACCGAAGACCAGUGGUCGGCGACUUCGCGCACUAACGUUGAUCCUCUUUUUCACGUCACCAAGGCCGUUUUGCCACACCUAUCUAGCGGUGCAGUUAUCAUCAACAGCGCAUCAGUGGACGCUUACAUCGGAACCCCUAGCCCCGUAGACUGUGCUACCAGAAAGGGAGCCGUCAUCGCGUUUACCCGAACGCUAUCUAACCAACUGGUGAAGAAGGGGAUCCGUGCAAACGUCGUGGCUAUCGGUCCCGUAUGGCCUCCUCUCGUUACUAAGAGAGUAAGCGAGCAAGGCCAGCAGGGGAAAAUUCUAGGGAACUCGAUACCGAUAGAGCGACUCGGGCACCCCAGUGAUAUCGCGAGAAGCUACGUGUUUCUCGCGGGGAGCGAGAGCGCGUUCAUGAGCGGCCAAAUAUUACACCCUAAUGGAGGUAUUGUUGUGGAUGGCUGA